UCGAGUAACUAGAUUGUGGAUCAUUUUGAGUGGGAAAAUGGUUUGAUUAGCAGUAUUUUACCAUAGAAUUUUACUGUAUCGUGUAGAUAAGGAAAUUUAUAAUUUUUUGAAAUUUGAAAAACCCGCGUAGCGCAUUGGAUAGUUGGUGCUCACUUGACACUCCGCCGAUGAAUAUUUCAUUUUGUUGACAACUUCUUAGCGUUGUUUCGCCGCUAUCUUCAGCUGUUUAGCUGGACGAAUUUGAAAACAACCUCUAUCAUACAAGCACAUGGCUGCAAAUCGACGACUUUUGUGCCAGAAAAAGAAGUCCAGCCGCUUGAUUUUUGACGGCACCUUGGUAACUGCUUUGUUUCGGCGUUAGCUUUCCAAAGAAACUAUCAAAUGAAUUCUGCUCCAAAGUCAUCGAGAGGUCGCAAGCUAUCAUCUCCCAAUGGACAAAACCCUAAAGUGCCCGUAAAUAAUGGUAGAAGUUACACUAGGCACGAUAAACAAGAGGAAGAGGUUGGUGACAUGGAUGCUCUGAGUGCAUAUGUACCAGAUCCUGAUGAGCCUCCAACCAGAGAUGUGACAAGUCCCUCGAAAUCUGGUGUGGCUUAUUUAACAGGGAACCUGAUUAGGAGAUUGACGAAAGAAGAGAAUAUUUCCCAAGUAACAUCUUUACAUGUAACAUUAGGAAAGGACCUCAACAAGAAAAUCAAGUACAUUGAAAACUUGGAAAGUCUAAGGAAACUUAUUUAUCUGAACCUGAACAACCACAUGAUAGAGAAAAUAGAAAAACUGGAUCAUUUAACCCAGCUCAGGGAACUUCACUUGGCCAACAACCGUAUUUCAAAGAUAGAAGGUGUGGACUGUCUGGUACAUCUGACUGUUUUAAACCUGAAUGGGAACAUGAUUGAAACUUUACCAGCUCCUGUUUUCAAGAAGCUUAGAGAAUUACAGACUUUUCACAUUACACAUAACAGACUUGCAAGUCAUGUUGAGGUUACCAAAUUGAGGCCUCUUCAAGAUCUGAACAGUUUUUCCAUGGAAGGCAAUCCCAUGGCAGACAUGGAACAUAGUCAUUUGUUUGUGAUUUUCCAGCUGAGGUCAUUGAAUUAUUUAGAUGGAAAGAAGGUUUCUGAUGAAGACAGACAAAUGGCUGACAAACGAUAUGCUCAAGAGGAGGUCAAAAGGCUGGAGGGUGAAAUUAAUCGACAGAAAAAAGAAUAUGAAGUACUCUUGGAAGAAAAUUGCCAAGCCCUUGAAGAGUUACAACAGCUGAAGAAGUGGAACUCUGAACAGAAAACCCAGAACCUGGAUCUAUCGCAGAAAAUUAAGGACUUUCAAAGACAGCUUGAAGCAAAGGAAGAAUUGUUAGCCAGCAAGACCUCUGAACUUUCUAAGGCUUGUGAAAAGCAGUUCAAGCUGGAACAAGAACUUGCAUUUUAUAAGUUGGAUGCCAAGUUUGAACACCUUGGGAUGCUGCCACUCCCAGAAGGAGUUGAGUUUGGAGACGGUGAAGAAGAUGAAAGCCCAUACAUUGGGAAAGCUCGGUUUAAACCAAACAAAUUUGCUAGGAAAUCCAAUAUCAUGAGUGGUGAACAGCAUGGUCAGAUGACAACACUACACUCAAGACCGAGUGAUAAGUAUGAUGCUCAGAAUAAACAAGUUCAGCAAGAAAUACAUGAGGCUUUGGUGCAAAACUUAGAAGACAAAGAGAGAGCAAUAAAGCAAGCCGAGGGUGUUCUUUUACAGCUGACUGACCAGCUAAACAGGAGGAAAGCUCAGCUGAAGGAGGCAGGAGAUAAGCUUACAAUGCUUCAACAAGCCAUCAAUGAUCAGGCGCAUUUGUUGGGUGAAGAAGAAAGAAAACUUAUUGAUGCAAUAGCAGAUAAGAAAAACUAUAUACGGAAGCUUCAGGAAGUUGCCAAAGAGUUGGAGGAGCAAUUGAAAAAUAUAUCAGAUGAAUUGAAACAGAGAGAGGCUGAGACCGAGAAGCUGAGGCAGACCAUAAGGAAUACGCCCCCCAGUGACCCUGCAUACUCCCACCUUCAGGCACGUUUGGCGGCAAAAGAACAGCAGUUACUCGAGUUGAAAGGUGAAUACGGCAAACUGAAACAAGACAAUGACAGAGCAAAGGAAAGAUUACAAGAAGAGAUAGCUGCUGUUAAACAACUAGAAGCACAAUUAGCAGCACUGAGAAGAGAGAAUGGUGACCAAGAUAAGCUAAAAGAAGAGCUGAAGAACAUCAUAGAUGAUUUGAAUGAUAAUUUAAACUCUAUGAAACAGCAAGUCGCUCACCAAGCGAAACAGAUCAGUCAGCUUCAACGUGAGAAGGAUGCGCUGGGACAGCGAUUGAGGGACAUGCAGGGACAAGCGGCCAACAACAAACAGUUGAAGGAUAACCUCGCUAAACUACAGCAGCAGUUGAAAUUGGCUGAAGAUGCACUGGAGCGGGAGACAAAGAAUUGCGAGGCUUUACGUCGGCGAUUAUCCAAUGCCGAGUCACAGGCAGCCCAAGGAUCUACUCUGGAACCGCUGUUCACUGAAACAAAAAACAGAUUACAGCAAGCGGAAGCUGAAGUCGCCAGGCUACAGAAUGCCCUAAAUAAGCUAAAACAACAACUGCAGGACGAUCGCAGAGCCGCAGACGAAAGAUUAAAGAAAGAGCAAGAAAAAGUUGACAAAGCUUUACAAGCUGCAAGGAAUGCCGGAUAUAAAGACAGACAAGUAAAAGAUCUGGCUGCACAAGUUGAAAAUCUCUCGGCGAACAAUGCUUCUCUUGCUCGGCGUUUGAGGGACGCAGAAGAUGAACUGAGCGGUCUUGACAACUUACUUGACAAAGAAGACGUAUUGGAGAGGCUCGGUGAGCUGAGAAACGAUAUCAACAGGAAACGAUCUGCAGUUCGUGAACCGCUCAAUGAUCAGGAUGACCUGGGGCGAGCUCUUGCAGAACUUCACCGUAAAUACUUGGACCUUAUGAGAGAUCUGGAGCGAGAGCGACGAAAACAGCCUGACGGAGAGAUAGAAGGAUUACAAGCUAGACUACAAGAUGCCGAAAGAGCUCUGAAACAAGCAAGGGACAGAGCUUCACAGCUUGCAGGUGACAAAGAGGAGAGAGAGAGCAAGUUAAGAAGAAUGUCAGACGAACUGAGAAAACUGAAAGACAAACUUGCUAAACAAGAGACAAUGGAGGAUGAGCUUGAAAGAGAGAAAGCGGAACAUGCAAAAGAGAUGUUUGGACUGGAGAAACAAAUAGCUCAGCUAAAGGAUCAGCUUAACGAGGCUAGACGCGGCUUGCGGGAUCAUUUGGCCAGUGCCAGAGCUCCACUUCAAGCCAAGAUAGUAGACAUGGAAGACGAAAUGGAACAUCUACAGGACAAAUUUGACAAAGUGAAAGCCGAAAAUGAGAGGCUGAAAGGAGUCAUCGCAGAAGCUGAACAAGGUAGACUGGAGUUAGAGGACAGACUGGCAGAAAUGAUGAACAAACUGAGGGAGGCGCGGGCACAAGCUGAGGCAGCGAAUGGGAGAUACGCGCGGCAAAGUCAAGCUUUAGAAGCUGAAGUGAAAGCUCUUGAGAACGAACUCGAGCGAGCCAGGAAUCGGUUGAAGUCACUGCGAGCUCAAGCGGAUGAAAAGCUGCAAGCAGAAAAAGAGAAAGCGGCUGCAAAGAUCGGCGGUUUGGAGGAUGAAAUUGAUGGUUUAAAGGAGCGACUGAAAAAUCUUAAGUACAAAGCGGGACGAGAGUUGGACGAAAUAAGAGAUGCUGGAGAAAGGAAAAUGCAUUAUCUGGAAAACAAAAUGGCUGAUUUGCGACAUCAGCUCGACGACGAACGGGCUCGAGCUGACGAACAGCUUAGAAGAGCUGAAAGCAAAGAAGCGGGGUUACAGAGUCUGCUGGGAGAAACUGAAGCUAAUUUGAAGAGAUCUAAUCACCAAAGCCAGGAACAACAGGCCAAGCUUCGAGAAUUGGAGAAUCAGAUUGAGGGUCUGAAAAACACUCUGAAAGAAGCCGAAACACAAGCAAUAAAGGAGAAGUUGGAAAAAGAACUGGAAGCUGUGAAAGCGGAGCGAAUGAGAGCUGCCAUACAAGCAGCGGCAGAUAAACAGCUGGCUGAUGCGCAACAACAGGUUGCUUCUCUUCAAUCUAUGCUCGAUUCGAAAGACAGGCAGCUUCAAGAGGAACUGAGACAUGGGACGCAAAAUUCAGCUGAUAUAGCUGCCCAGCGAGCAGCGAUUAAAAACUUGGCAUCAGCUUUGGCCGAACAGAACCAGGAACUGGAACGUCUGAAGGACGAUUUGUUUGAGAUGUCACGUGCUCCAGUCCAACCGCAAUACUUUCCUCAGCCAGACGUUAGCCUUUCCGCUUUAGCAAACGAGGUCGAGGCUCUGCGAGCAGCUUUGUUACAAAGAGAGCAACAAGUACAGAGCCUCACUCGACCAAUACCACUUCCGUCCAAUCCGCCCUUCACCACUUCUGGCUUGGUUACCACGUCUGCGUACAUGAAUCCGCCGUUUACCACUUCCGGCUUGAUAACCACACCUGGGCUAGCAACAACACAGGCGUACUUACCGGUCAGCGGGGUGACCCCAGUAGUUGUUGAGGGCCCAUCCAAUGGAGUAACUUUUACUCGAUCAGUACCAGUCAUGACUCCAAUGAUUACAAACGCCAGUGGACUGGGUACAAACAGCUAUGCGGCCAGUCCUGGACAAGUUCAUCAUCAUCAUUAUUAUUCAAAGUCAACUGGUCGAGCUGGGAUAAAACCAAAACCGUUCACAGUGACAACUUCCUCACACCCCUCCCCUGAGGUGUUAACAGCUAGCACAGUAGCAGCCCCUGUGACAUCACCUGUCCACCAUCAUCAUUAUAAUGACAUCACUGGGGAAGAUAAUGACGGGAGAAAGAAAAAGAAAAGGAAAACCAAAAAACCAAAAGAUGAAGUUUUAUUUUGUAAUUUUCCAAAUCACGAAGGCCUGGAGUAUGAGGUCGGUAGAUUGGAAGGUCUUUUGACUUCCUCCCACCAGGUGCAGAAACUUCAGGAUCAACGAGACUCGCUUCGAAUGGAUUUGAAAGAAUUGGAACACGAGGUGGAAGAUUCCCUGAAACGGCGGGCGACUGCAAGGCAAACUCAACGACAUUCAUUAGAUGGCAAUUUAGCGGCAGGAACUCGGAGAGUUUACAUCAUGAGAGCUGUAGACGAAGAAGACGAAGUAAACUUCCCACUAAAAUAUCUGCAGCAAAGCUCUGGCGUUGAAACGGAGCCUUUGCAGUUGUCCUCUGUUAAUCAAAUGGAUGAUAACGCGCAAGAGGCAUCCUGGGAAAAGCGUUUGAGUGACCUGGCUCGUUUUGAAGGUCUGCUGCAGAAGAGAAAAACAGAACUGCAACAGAUGGAUGCUGAACUAAUGGAGCGAAGGCGCGAACUAGACGAUAUUGUGCGAAAGCGUAAGAUGGCCGAGGGACGCUUAAGGCGGACAGAAGAGGAUGCUGGUAUCAUUGAGCAACGCGCAGCGGAGACUUCGGUAGAGUUAAUCCGUGCGGGAAAUCAGCUGAUUAACCUACAGAUCAAAGAAAAGGUUCUACUUGAGCGUCACCAACAAAUAAACAAAGCUAUCGAAGCCAAAGGACAGGAGUUAAAUGAAGCUGAAAACUCGUGUACAAUUGUUCGACACAAUGUCGAUAAACUCAACAAGGAAUUAGCAAGUAAAAUGGAAGAUCUUGAAAACAAAGAGAGUGUACUGAAAGACGUGGAAACGAGAACUCAACUGUCACUCAGGGUCGAUGAGCUCAGGAAGCUGAUAGCACAGACAGAAACAGAAGAGAAAAAUAAAUCAGAUAAGUACGUCAGAGCGCUAAAGGAAGGUGAGAAAGCUUUGGAAGAGAAAACAACCCAGCUUGCCAGAACAAGAAAUGAACUUCAAAGUCAAAUGAUACAAUUCCAUGAACUGAACAGCAAAAUGAACAAGCUGAAGACAAAACUAAAAGAAAUUGAGGAAAACAUCAAGAAAGGAAAAGUUGAAGCUGAGAGGCUUGCACAGAGAAAAGAAGAAGAGAGAAGAAUCCAGGAUCUUAAUGUUCAGGAAGCCGAGCAAAAACUUCUAGAAAUUAACAACGCAAGAAAUGAAUCAAUGGAAGCUCUUAAAAGCCAUCGGGAGGAGCUAAGUCUGUUAAGAAACAAAAUUCACGAGAGCAUGAGCAAGAUUAAAGAAUACGAGGAGCUAAAGAAACAGAAAGAAGCUGAACAUAAAAGGAUUUCGUCCGCCAUCAAUCAAGACAAAGUCAAACUUGAAAAUGAGUUUACUCACUUGAAAAGUGAGACGCAAGAAACAGAGGAAUGUUUAAGUCAUAUGAACAAUGCUCUAAAAGAAGUCACGGUUGAACUUCAAUCUGCCAAACUGGAACUGGACGAGCUGAGCAACACGAAAAACUCUGUUAUGAAGGAGUUGACCGAUCUCCAACUCACACUCGCUGAAAAAGGGAAGGAACUUAUGAAAGUCAAUCAGGAAAUUGAGGAUGGUAGCAAAGAACUGGAAAAAGUUAAAGAGACGAUCGCAGAUUUCCAAAAGAGACAAAAAGAGUUGACUGAAAAUUUGGAGGAGGGAAGUGAAAGACCUGACCGUACUCGAAAGGACAGUUUGCCUCGGGAGUCGUCAGCGCCUAAAAACAACGAGAAAGAAAAUGAGCUCCUUGUUACCAGACUACGCCAAACUAUCAAUAACCUCUCGGAUGAAAACAAGAAGCAAAAUGGAGCUCUUAAAGAAGCGAGAGGUGAAGUUAAAGAGAUGCGAGAACUUCUGAAAUCAGAAAGAGAGGACUUUCAGGAGCACCUGAUGCAAGCUGAUUCCGAAUCCGAGGCUUAUCAAAUACACCUAGAACGACUUCACGCAGAGUUCGAUGCUGAGAAACAAAAACAUUCCAGAGAAAAAGAUUUGCUGUUUAAUAAAGCAGAAGAACAUCGCGUGAAAGCAAGAAAGUUUGCCGAAGAACUAAACAGUCUAAAACAGAACCAUUUUCAAACAAAACAAGAACUUAAUUCGCUCAGAGAAACGCUUGUGAAAGAUAUGAAAGAGUUAAAGGAACACAUCGAAGGAAUGGCGACUGAAAUGAUAUCAGAAUUGGUUCGAAGCUUGAAGCAAGUUGAAAAUUCAAACGAAGCAGCAACUGCCGAAUUUGAACGACUCCGAGACCAGAAAGAAGAAAUGGAUGUUCAGUUUGCUGCAUUACAACAAUCGAUCAAUUCAGUGAGGACUUGUUCGAUUCAAAAUGACAGUUUAAUAGCGCAUAAUUUUUAUGUAGGUUUUUGUUUUCAUACAGGCCCUAAAGAUGGCAUUCAUGUAAACGUUUCUUGUGGUCACGGUCAUGUUAUGAGAAAAAUUAUUCUUAAAUUAUUGUUUCAAUACUGGCAGGCCAAGAAUUUGGCACUGAAGGAGGAGAGAGAAAGAACUGAAAAUUCCAAGAGAGAGAAAGAAGACGCACUAAUCAAAGAAAAAGGAGCAAUACUUAAGCAGCAACAGAGUUUUCUACGAGCUCAAAUUAGAAAACAGAUGUCAACCAGGGCAGAUGUCCUAGAGGAGGAAAGAAAAAAGGCCGAGGCUUCCCUUGAAGGACUAAAGAGCAAACUAAAAAACUUGGAAGAGGUUAUAUCGAGGAAAGACGUCAGCGUGCAGGACUUCCGUUAUAAACUCUUGAGGGACAGAUUUGAAACAGAGAAAGCUGCAGACUCUAACAAACAAAUUGACGAACUGAGAAGACGAUUACGCCAACUAGAAGACGAAAAGGAUUUAAUAGCAAGUCAAAGGAAUCAUUUGGUUGCGUUACAUGAAGACAGUAAUGCAGAAAGCUUGUCACUGAACUUCAAAGAAGAGCUGAGUAGAAGAAUCACGAAAUCGAUUUCCAUCAGACCCAGACGCUCUCUUGACUCUCUUACCGAUGGGAAAUUUUAUGCAAGACCUGUGAAACAUGACGUGGAAGUUCCAUGCCGUGAUGUUGUGGGUCAAAACACAAGUUUGCCUCUUCGUUUACCUGACAACACUUCACUUGAUCGACUUGAACUUAACUCUGCGUCACAUGACGUAGGGGACCAUAAAGGUGUUUCCAGCGUUGGCCUGGACUACGGGAUGAGGAACACAAGGAUCGUGACCGAACAAAACCAGGGUUUGGAGGAAAACGGAAAUCCUUCAGACGAUUCACUUAAACAAAGUGCGGUAAAUUCGUCUUCGCCAAUGUUGAGAGAAGAUCUAUCAGAUGAUUUUGGUGACAAAGAUUUACCUCUUGCUUCAAUUUCCAAAGAAAUUGAAACGGAUAACCUAAACCCGACUGCAGCUAAUCCAACAUCUGACCGUCAGAGACUCGUGCGACGGAUGAAGGAGCAGCAAUGGAAACCUGACAGGAAUGCAGUUCGUUCCAGUAGAGAUAUUUCUUCAUCGACUUUCGCUGAUGACAAAAAAAUCGAGUUUCUGUCCUCAGUUCAUCGCAUAAAGAAUGAAAAGGUCAAAGAGCUUGAACUCAGCAUGCGGAGGCUGUUCUUUCCAUGACUUCCGGAAAGUUUCAAAGACUUUUAAGUUUCUAGGAUAAUGUUGAAAACCCCUUCUUACAACGUCGCCAAGAGACAAAGGGUGUUAAAUCUAUCGAGUGGCGAUGUGUUCCAACAACGUAGGAAAAAAAGGAAAAGCAAAGAUGGAGGACUUUCAGCCAAGAAGGAAGGCGAGGAAAAAAAUGGCGAAAAAUAUAUAUUGUUUACUUUGACAAAACUGUGGCCCGAUUUGAGGGCUUGAUAAACACAAUAGCACAGUUUACGUGUCAUGCCUUUUUAGUUCAACAGAAAGCGUCUCAUAGGCAUGUGGGUUCAAGUCCUUCUGCUACUCCUCAGGGAAAAAUCAUUCGUGAAGAAAUUUAACUGGUGGAAAUGAUCCGGCCCGUGAUCAUGUGCAUUCGUGAAGAAUUUUAACUGGUGGAAAUGAUCCGGCCCGUGAUCAUGUGCAUUCGUGAAGAAAUUUAACUGGUGGAAAUGAUCCGUACCAAGCUUAGGUAGAGUCAAUGUAUUUUUUCAUGCUCUCUCAAAUACAGAAUGACCAAGAAAAUGUGUAUCAGUAAGCGGACGAAAUAGCUUACUAUGCCGCUGGAUAUUUUUUUAUUUCUUUGGCUUGUGGUUAUCUUUGAGCACUAUGACAAAAGUUAUUUUAAAAGAAAUGUAGGAAAACGUUUAAAAAUUGAAACUUUUCGGAGCAGAUAUAUUGUGUUUAUUUGCUAUUUUCACUCUUCAUGACUCAAUGCGCAUUUUUCAAAAACUAAAUGCAAAAUCGUGAGUUGUCCUCUGCUCUUGUCUAGUGCGCUUCCCUUAACUUAAAAAAAUCCGAUACGACGGCGUCGUUUAUCGAUAAUUAUUUCGCAAAAACAUUUCAUUCCUCCUGUGCAAUAGAAUAUUCACAAUAAGAUCACGAGCUAGUGUUUUUUUUAUUUUCCAAGAAUGACAUUCCAUGAAAUUUCCAAGUGAAAGAGGUCACCACCUUUUAUGAACUUGAAGAGCACUGAUAAUUUUUCUAUACUACCGAAGGUUUUUCGCAGUUCUUUUUCCAACUGAACUCAACUGUGAAAACACAAAGUAGUCAUGAAAACCUUUUUAACGUGUUCAUAUACUGGCAGUUGGCUUUGAAAGACUUUAGUGAAGGCGAGAGUAAGGGGAGAUGGGAGGGGAGAAAUUAGUUCAUGUAACAUUCCCUGCCAUCCUCCCCUACUUCGUUUUGUGACUGAAUUUUGUGAUCGAUGUCGAAAAUAUUCAUGCACCCAUGGAUGCAAAGGGAUAAUGAAAAGUUCAGCAAUCAGCUGAUUCCCUUAGAGAGGAAAAUGAUACCUGCAGGAAAGGUUCCCAUAUUUCGCUUUGUUUAAUCGAGGCAAAAGUAGGGGGCGAAACACUCACGACAGGGGAGUGCAAAAAAUGUGCAUCCCUUGCGUUAGCCUCUGAUUACCAAAAUAAAUCUGUUUGGAAUAGUAGUCAU